CUUGCUGGCCGAACUGGGGGGCACUCAUUAAUGCAACUGCAUACUAGCUCGACGAUGGCUGCCGUCGCUGUCCAACGACCGUACCGCGGCUCCCGGGUGUCGUCUUUCUACCCAGUAAAGUCGGUGCCUCCUUUGUCUUCCUUGGACAGCGCCUUUCAGCUCCAAGAGUACAUCUCGCUUCUUAUUCGUCUUGACGUUCACGAUGUCGAUACCAUAGUCUCAUUACCCGGAAAAACUACCCUUAAGGGCAAGGGCAAGGACAAGGAUACCGAUGAAUCUGGCCAAGAUGCUCCCGAAAGCGACGGAAAAAUGGUAGAGGACGGUGAACGCAAGGGCGAGCCAUCCGUCGACCGGGCGUGUUGGAUCUACGAGCAAUUGCGUCGCCUCGCUCAGGACCUUUCGCACCCCCUCAUUACCACACUACAGCAAGAAUGUACCCGAAGCUCCUGCCCACAGAUGCAGGCUGGUGAAUGGCUUUAUUUAUGUGUCGCUCACGGGAACGAUGAGGCCUUGGAGCAAUGUUGUGCCAUCGAUUACAUUGUCCACACAGUGGAUAGCGCGACUGCACUAUUAAAUUCUCCAAGGGCGUUUCCAUCUCGGCUCUCUAUUCCACAGUCAUCGCACCGUCAUUUUUCCUCUCUUGCAAGAAGGCUUAGCCGGAUCUUCUCGCACGCCUAUUUCCAUCACCGGGAGGCGUUCCAGCAAGCCGAAGCCGACUCACCGAGUCUUUUCGACUUGGUUCCCCCAGAAUUUCUGGUCAUACCAGAGAGCGCCAUUCAGGCAGAUUGCAGAAGUCGGGAGGACGUUGAACCGCCUCGUCUUCUCGCUGCUGCAGUUCAUCCCGAUCGAACUUCUCCCAGCGACAACCCUGUUGCAGAGCAAACUCACUCUAUACCUGCAAUGGAUAGUGGUGCGCCGGUCUACUCGCAGACGGAGGACACUGGCUCUAUGGGCAGCCGCCAGCCCACGUCGAACACGAUGAUACUCAACGAGGUUCACAAUAUAACUGAGGAAUUGGUUAAAAGCGUACCCGGGAGCGAGGUCGGGAGCAGCACACUGGAUACUCAGGUUGUUGAUUCGGAGCCUUCUCUUCGACAAAUGUGGAUCGGCGAACAGACCGAGCUUCAGGAAAUGGGCGAUCCUCACGUGGCUGAGGAGCCGGUCCCAACGGCUCCAGGGUCACCGCCAGUCGAUGAAGUUCCCCUUAUAUCUCUCGUAGAAUUGCCAGAUUCUACAGAAGCCCCUUCGGCGACAUCUCUGCAGUCCGACCCCAUACUUCCUAUGCCCAAAAUAAAGGAAGAGCCCCCCUCAACCACCGCUUCGAUUGUUGCGAUGGCAACACCUGAGGAAAUCACGAUGACCGACCCAGCGUCAACUACGGAUGCAAACGAGCCGCCUUUUUCUGAAAUAAAAUUACCCGAGGAGUCGCAAUCCGCCUCUGAUCCAAACCUUGUGCAAGUGGAAGAAUUGCACCCAGCACACGUGGAACCUGAGACGAAGGAAUUUUCACUGGACCUUAGUGAACCUCCACCUUCAGAACCAGUACCACCAGAAAGCGACGUCACUGACGAGGCUAUAGUUCACGACGACGACGACGAAAAGGAGUAGUACAGAGAAUGUUGAAUUUUUUCAUGAACUUCACAUAUCACCUUCUUCGCGGCUCAUUCUCGUUGUACGCUCUCUCUGCCCUUGCUCACAAUUACUCAUGACUUCGACGUGAUUACUCCAAGAUGCGCUCUCAUUUAUGAUACCAGAUAUCUUACACCCUGUUCAAAAGAUGACUGGUACAUGAGGUUAUUUUUGAUCUCACCCGCCAAAGCACUACUGCGCUAUGCCCGCUAGCCAUUCCCAUCAGACUCUCGGCCAGUUCUAUAAAAAAUUCUAGAACACAUACAUUCAUGAAGGCAAUACAGGUCACGCUUACC